GAUAAGCUUUUACUAUUUAUGCACCAUCAAUAAUUCGAAGCGGUAGUAGAUUAUCAGAAGCGAAUUGAAAAUGAAGCUGUUGUUACUAAUUGUUGCUGUGUUUUACACAUUCCAAGGAUCGUUUUCCAAAGACUACAAUGUCGUGCCAAUAGUGGGUGGCAUAAGUGGAACCGGAGUCACAACCCGUUACUGGGAUUGUUGUAAACCGUCAUGUGCUUGGGCUGAAAAUUUGAAAGUCGAAACUGACACCCCUGUAGCGUCUUGUUCAACUGACGGAUCAACUGUAGUAAACGCCAGCGUCCAAUCAGCUUGUAUAGGAGGAGGUGCUUACAUGUGCAGUAAUCAACAACCCAAAGCGGUCAAUGAGACGUUUGCUCUUGGAUUUGUGGCUGCUUCCUUCACCGGAGGUGCCGAUACCAACUAUUGUUGUGCUUGUGUGCGACUUACCUUCCAGUCUCCUAUUCAAGGCAAACAGAUGGUUGUACAAGUAACCAAUACUGGUGGUGAUUUGGGUUCCAAUCAUUUUGACAUCGCCCUUCCCGGUGGUGGUGUGGGAAUAUUCACUGAAGGUUGUUCUUCGCAAUGGGGAUGCCCUAGCAAUGGCUGGGGUGAUCAGUAUGGUGGUGUUGCAUCGGAAAGUGACUGUUCUACACUUCCAGAAGUCCUCCAAGAUGGAUGUAAAUUCCGUUUUCAAUUCCUACAAGGCGCGUCUAACCCUGGUGUUACCUUUGAACAAGUCGAGUGUCCAUCCGAGUUGACAUCUAUUACUGGCUGUAACUAUUCCUAAGUCACAUUCCAAGUAAAAUAUCUGGAAUGUGAUUUCAAUACCUUAUUAUAUAAAUACAAAAAUAUAAAUUCCAA